AUAGAAAUCUGUGAGUCAGUCUAUCGCGCCGCGUCUUGUCGUCUAGCACCAAUCCCUGUCCCUGGAUUUUCCCUCGAGAAUCCCUCUCAUUCUAUUCGUUGAUUCACUUUACUUUCUUCUUUGUAGAUUUACUCCUCUAUGUGCGUGAUAUAAUUUAAGAGGGACAAUCAAUUUUCGACGUAGGAAAAUAUUUAAUAAAAUGUCAUGAUUUGCAUUUAAUGUGCCUUUAAAAUUUGUAUUUAAUCAUUCUAUCAUUGGUGCCAUCUUUGGAUACUUGAUUUUUUAGUGCCAAUAAUAUUUUACGUGACUGUUUUACAAGUUUAGCUGGAGCGUAGAUUUCGUUGUUAUUUACUACUUCAUGCGCACACUUGGAAAAUCAAAGAAAUUCUUUUAAUUUGUGCUGGAAUUUUUAACGGAACAUUUUUAUGAGUCCACGUAUGAGACCUUUUACUAAAGUAACAUGACUUUUUACAACUUGUCGUCCUAUGCUCGUAGAUGGGGCCGAAGAGCUGAGUUAUGGACAUGCAAUAACACUUGCUGAAGUGGCGCGGUGGAGCCGAAAAGACUUAAACGGUCGGUAAGGAAAAAGGAACCGAAUGUGCUGGGAGAUCAUGGAGAAUUGGUAUCGGAACGCUCGACGUUGGUUCACGCCACGGACCAGAGGAGGACGUCGCAUGUACCUGGAUGACGUCGAUGAGUUUGACGGGGCCGUCAACACGUUUUUCGACCUCCCGAAACCCCCCACACUUCCCGCCAGUAGUGGGGCGCGCGACAGCAAUUUAUUGAUUGUGACGGGGGUGGACUUCUGCCAUCCAGAGAAUGGCGCCGAACACUUCACUGACCAGUAUGACCUCAUGAAACGAGAGACCAAGUACCGUCAGUUAGUGGUGCGUCGUGGUUUUCCGUUCCUCAUCAAAGUCAUCACGAAUCGUCCAUUUUCACCGAACAAUGACGCCAUUACUCUUCAUUUCUUCCACGUCGAUGCUAUCCGACCAUCACAAGGGCAAGGUACUUUGGAGGAUUCAGUGCUCGUUUUGAAGGGUGAGAACCCAGUUGGAAAGUGGGCGACCGUUUUAGAAGUUCAACAAGAGAACGAACUCUCUAUCUUGGUGACUCCAGUAGCAGAUUGCAUCAUCGGCCGAUGGAUUUUAGAAAUAGAUGCUAAAGUUGUGGGCCCUAUUCCGAGCCAGCCAACUUCGUUUUCUGUCAAAACGCCAUUUUAUAUUUUGUACAACGCGUGGUGUCCUGAUGAUCAGGUAUACCUGCAGGACGAAGAGAAAAGGCGCGAGUAUGUUCUAAACGAUAGUGGCAUAAUUUUCCGAGGCAAUGCUCGAGAACCAAGACCGAGUCCAUGGCGCUACUCACAAUUUGAGACUGAUAUUUUAGAGUGUGCAUUUUAUUUAUUGAACACAGUUGCCAAAAGGUUGAAUGUCAUUGCUGCGUCUGAUCCAAUAGAAAUUAGUCGAUGUCUCGCUGCACUGGUGAACGAUGUGGACGACAACGGCGUGGUCCAAGGCAACUGGAGCGAAAACUUCGUGGGUGGAACUCCCCCCUCGGCGUGGAUCAGCAGCGGCCCAAUUUUAACCAAGUAUUACAGCACCAAGAGGCCGGUCCGCUACGGCCAGUGCUGGGUCUUCGCUGGAGUUCUCACAACAGUGUGUCGGACACUUGGUUUACCGACCCGGACUAUCACGUGCUACAAUGCAGCCCAUGACACUGAUGGAAGUCUCACUGUGGACACGGUUGUAACCGAGGACGGGCUUGUGGACAAAAAUUACUCUAGAGAUUCUAUCUGGAAUUUUCAUUGUUGGAAUGAAGUGUGGAUGAAGAGGCCGGAUCUCAACGGUGGCCAAGGUUAUGAUGGUUGGCAGGUAAUUGAUUCGACACCUCAAGAAAGGAGUCAAGGCGUCUACAGGGUGGGGCCCACCUCAGUUCUCGCCAUCCGUGACGGGGAAGUCCUCAAGGCGUACGAUGGCAAAUUCGUUUUCGCGGAGGUCAAUGCCGAUAAACUCACAUGGAAACUCAGUGAUAAUUUUCUCAAGCUCCUCAAUAAAAAUGUCACAGAUGUUGGUGUCCUAAUUUGUACAAAAGCUGUCGAUUCUUGGGCCUUGAAGGAAAUAACUCAUCAUUAUAAACACCCAGAAAGAACAAAAAAUGAGCGAUCUACUUUCGAAAAGGCAUUGAAGCAGUGUGAAUCCCAAUUCAGUAGAUAUUAUUUGAAUAACUUUUCCUUUACGGACGUCAAGUUCGAGUUACUAAUGGAUGAAAGUGUAAUUAUUGGAUCACCUUUUACGAGCUUAGUUAGAAUGACGAAUCAAAGCGACAAUCGCUAUGAAAUUAAAGUUGUUAUUCGAGUUGACACCAGUUCCUACGAUGGACGAGCUGCAUAUCCAGUCAAAAAGAGGGAGGCUAUGAUUCUUCUGAAGCCGGCAGAGGUUGAAGAAUUUGCAAUUCAGGCAAGUUAUGAUGAGUAUGCAGACAAACUUGUUGGACAAGCUGAUUUUAAAGUUAACUGCUUAUGCCAAGUAAUCAAUGGUGAUUAUGAAUUUUGGGAUACGACGAAUUUUAGGGUUAAAAAACCAGACAUCGAGUUAGAGCUAUAUGGGAAAGCAACGAAAGGCGUUGUUUGCAGAGCAUCUGCAAGAAUAGCUAAUCCCUUGCCUGUGACUCUCAAUAAAUGUAAUUUUUUCAUUGACCUACCUGGGGCUCUGAAGCCAAUCAAGUACAAACUGAAAAGGUCAAUCGGUGUUAACCAGCAAGCUCAAAUAUCAUUCAAAUUCAUACCCAGGUCCGCGGGUCAAUCGGCGAUUUUUGCCAAAUUUGAAUCCAAAGAACUGAACGAUGUUGACGGGAAGCUUGAAUUUGAAGUUUUCGAAGAGUGAAUCAGUUCAGCUCACAAAAUUUCAAAUGAAGGUUUUAUGAAGCAAAAAAUGCCUUCGAUUGGGUUGUGUGUUAUUCCGUUUUUUCGGUUUGUUUUUAAUUUUUUUUUUUGUUCAGCCUUUGUGGCAAGGCAAAGAUGAAGGCCUAACUUAAAAUAUAGCAUUUUUACCACUGAAACUCGCCUCACGGGAUGGAUGAGUUUACCAAGCCAUAUCUACAAAUACU